GUCAUCUCUAGCUAGCUAUAUAUAUAUUUAUCCGUAAAUCUGAAAAAUUCCAAAAACGAAAACGAAAACUAACACCAAAAUAUUGGUUUAUAUAUUAACCGGUACUUGACCCUACACACACUCUUCCGACAAGCAAACAAGCCAAAAAUGGUGAUUGGGUUACUGGUGCGCGGUGGCCUGCUGGCCGGUGCUGUUUACUACACCAACAAAGUGGGCAUCUGGGACGACUCUGAGCAGACGGAGAAGCUGUACAACAACGUCAAGUCCGAGCUGUGUCCGUACGUGCAGAAGGCGAAAAAACAGCUGCCCUUCGAUGUGCCGCAGCUGCCGAACACCGGCGAGAUGCGCUUCCUGGCCAAACACUACUACAACGAGGGCGUAAAGGGCUCCAUUCGCUUUGUCCAUAUGCUGCCCUGCUAUGCGGGUCGCGGCCUCAAGAAGGUCAAGGACACAUUCGAGGAUUUUGCCAAGUCGCCGGCGAUCACCGGCAGCCAGGACGCGGUCAAUCCAACAAAGCAGUAGGCCGGCCCCUUGCCUAUGUGGUCCCAAAUGCGAGGCUGUUUUUGUGUUAGUUAUAGUUAGCCUACGGCAAAUUAAGCGUAUAGUUUCUCUUCCCUGCCUGCCCCACACAGAACCCAAGCAAAGUGAAUACUUAAACCGAUUGAGCGAUUGAAGAGGUUUGUCCCCUCUUCCAGUUUAGUAAUAAAAAUGAUUAUAUUAUGAUAGCGUGAAGAUCGCCGUGAAAUGUA